GCCUCCUCUGGGUUUUUUUUUUUUUUUUUCCUGGGAUCCGCGAUGGGGAAGGAGCAGGAACUUCUCGAAGCGGCGCGCACGGGAAACCUAGCCGCGGUGGAGAAGCUUUUAUCCGGGAAGCGACAGUCCGCGGGCAUCGGCGGCGGCUCGUCCGGAACCGGUGGAAGCGGCAACAGCGGCGGGCACGGCGCCUCCUCUCACCCGCUCUCAAGCCUGCUCAGCAUCUGGAGAGGCCCCAAUGUGAAUUGUGUGGACAGCACUGGAUAUUCCCCUCUCCACCACGCUGCCCUCAAUGGACACAGCGAGGUGGUGGAGGCGCUGCUGCGAAACGAGGCCUUGACCAACAUCGCCGACAACAAGGGCUGCUACCCGCUGCACCUGGCGGCGUGGAAGGGAGACGAACACAUCGUCAAACUGCUCAUCCAUCAAGGGCCUUCACACCCCAGGCUCAACGAGCAGAGCUCUGUAGACCAUAAAGAGUUCAAGCGCUGUGGGCCCUUUGACCCCUAUAUUAAUGCCAAGAACAAUGACAACGAGACCCCGCUGCACUGUGCCGCCCAGUACGGCCACACCCUGGUGGUGCGGCUGCUGCUGGAGGAGCUGACGGACCCCACCAUGAGGAACAACAAGUUUGAGACGCCCCUGGAUCUGGCCGCGCUGUACGGCCGCCUGGAGGUGGUCAAGCUGCUGCUCAGCGCCCACCCCAACCUGCUCAGCUGCAACACCAAGAAGCACACGCCGCUGCAUCUGGCCUCUCGGAACGGACACCUGUCUGUGGUGGAGGUGUUGCUGGACGCCGGCAUGGACAUCAACUACGAGACGGAGAAAGGCAGCGCCCUCCACGAAGCCGCCUUGUACGGGAAGACGGACGUGGUGCAGAGACUUCUCGGUGCAGGUGUCGGUGCGAACGUCGUGGACCAGAAGGGCCUGACAGCGCUGGACACUGUCAAGGACAUGCCCUCCCAGAAGAGCAGAGAGAUAGCCGCUCUCAUCCUGGGUCACGUGACUGGAAAACCCCCCGACAUCGACCUCCCCCCUCCGCCAAUCCCUCCGCCUCAGGAGAGUCCCAGCCCACGGAAAAAGGGUGAUCUGCAGAAGGUGAGCGAGCUGAUCUCGGGGCUGGCCCCGGGGCCCGAGGAGGAGAGCCCGUACGAGGCUCUGUUUGAAGCCACCUCUUGUCACUCCCUCGACAGCCUCACCAGCGGCAAGUCCUCGGACAGGGACUCUGGACGGCCGGAUAGCGAAGCUGGCAAGAAAGAUCGCCUGGUCCACGCGUCACAUCCCGGCCACGACGACGAGGCCCUGUAUACUAACAGCAGUAUUGACGAGCGGGGAGAGCCGGUGCGGGAGGAGGAUCACACGUACGAGUUGUUGCUGACUGCACAGACCAAACACCCACCGCCCGGCCACGAGUCCAAAUCCAAUAAAGAUGAGAACACCACUAAACAGUCUUCCAACAAUGUCCUACCUCAGCGUAAACCCUCUGGCCCAAACGACCAGCGAGCCCCCAGCAAGACGAGAGACACCCUGCACCUUCCUGGACGGGGCAGCCCGCGGCCAGCAGGAGAUAACUCCCAGCUCGGCGAGGAUCAGGAAGCGGGCGUCCCGGAGCAGUUCACUGGCCUCCUGCACGGAUCCUCUCCGGUCUUCGACAGCCGCGAGGAGCCCUUCAGGCUUCCAGGUGUUGCGCCGUCCAACCAGGGCCAGCCAGAACCAAGGAAAUCUGCCAAAGUAAAAGAGGAAGUAGUAGCAGUAGUAGCAGCCGCUGCAACGCCGCCUAGCCGCCCCAGUAUGGCCGCCAUCCUGACAGACUGUGAUCCCAAAGCAAUUUACGCAACUGUGAACAAGGAGCCCAGGGACUUCGGGGCCGGGGCAGUGUCCGCCGUACGGAUGCGUCCUCCCGGGGACCUGAAGCUGGCACGCAGCCUCUCCAAGUCUGACUCCGACUUGCUGGUGUCGCCCCCUAGCGAGGAGGACGGAGGAUUGGGGAACCGCAGCGAGUCGGUUUCUAACUGUAGCACUGGCAAGAAGAGGCUGGAGAAGUCUCCCUCUUUCACCUCAGAAUGGGACGAGCAGAAACCGACGACUUCUUCCACCACAAAACAACGAAGAUCUAAAUCCGUUGACAGCAUCGAGAAGAUCAUGACGCUGAUUGGUGCCGGCAUCGACUUCUCCAGAGAUCAGCAAUAUGCAACACCAGGUGCUGCGGGCCGGCUGCUGGACCAGCCCGUGGGAGACUGGCUGGAGCACGUGGGGCUGCCGCAGUACGAGAGCAAGCUGCUCCUGAACGGGUUCGACGACCUGCACUACAUGGGGAACAAUGUGAUGGAGGACCAGGACUUGAGAGAGAUCGGGAUCACAGACCCGAGCCACAGGAAGAAGAUCCUGCACGCAUCGCGCUCGUUACCCAAGGUGAAAGCUCUGGGCUGUGACGGCAGCAGCUCCCUCUCCUCUUGGCUGGAGAAUCUGGGCCUGCACGAGUACUUGCACAACUUCCUGACCAGCGGCUACCGCACUCUGGACUGUGUCAAGAACCUGUGGGAGCUGGAGAUUGUCAAUGUGCUAAAAAUCUCCCUACUUGGUCACAGGAAACGCAUCAUCGCCUCCUUAGCGGAGAGGCCCUACGAGGAGCCUCCGGUCAAGCCUCCUCGGUUGUCUCAGAUCAGGUGCCAAGACCUCCCUGGAUCCCAGACCUCGUCCCCCCUCAGUCACGUGGAGUCCUACACCGGACGCUCAAUGGACCCUCUGCUGCCAGUGGGAGAGCCGGGGAGGAAAAAAGUGCCCGAUAACGACUACGACGUUACCCAAAGAUAUCGCCUUGAACAACAGAGAUUACAUGAACGGUACGAAGAUCGGCAUCGAGAGCCCCGUCUGACCCUGCGGCCGCCGAGUCUGGCUGCCCCGUACGCCCCGGUCCAGAACUGGCAUCAUCCGCCUGAGAAGCUCAUCUUUGAAUGCUGCGCCUACGAAGCCAGCUACCUCGGUUCCAUGCUUAUUAAGGAUCUGCGGGGCACCGAGUCCACGCAGGACGCCUGUGCCAAAAUGCGGAGGUCGACCGAACAAAUGAGAAAAGUCCCGACCAUCGUCCUUUCCAUCACCUACAAGGGUGUGAAGUUCAUCGAUGCCGCCAACAAGAACAUCAUCGCGGAGCACGAGAUCCGUAACAUUUCGUGCGCGGCCCAGGACCCGGAGGACCUGUGCACGUUUGCCUACAUCACCAAGGACCUGCAGACCAGCCACCACUACUGCCACGUGUUCAGCACGGUGGACGUGAAUCUGACCUACGAGAUCAUACUGACGCUUGGCCAGGCCUUCGAGGUAGCCUAUCAGCUGGCCCUGCAGGCCCAGAGGACCAAACAGCACCAGCACAUCCCACUGGGACCCGGUUCGGAGGUCAUUGAGACCAAGUCCAGCCGACCGGUGCCCAAACCACGAGGCAGCGUGCGGAAGUCGGCGGGCGACAUUGUGGAGCAGGAGGGGGACUCUCAGUCCGGGGGCAGCGCCACGUGGCUCGUGGACCCCAAGGACUCCAAGCGCACUAUCAGCACUAAGUACGAGACCACCAUAUUCUGAGCGGACCCCUCUUCCCUCUGACCUCCCGGGCCUGGCCUCACCCCUCUUCCUCUUCCUCUUCCACUCCCGUCUGUGUGCCUUUCACUGUGACUCUGCCUCUCCCUCUGUGGGCCGGAACCCCGGUUCUCCUCCGUCCCCCUUCAGCCGUCACUCUAGUCCUCGUCUUUGCUCCUUCAUGUCGUGACCCACCACCACCACCACGUCUGCACUAGUUAUUGAUCACUAUAGUGCAACCCUCCUCUCACUGGUAUCCCACUUCCAGCUUGCCACUCACCCUUUUGCAGUUAUUCUCCCCCCCCUCUAUUUACCUUGUAUACUUCCUGAACUCUUGAGUACAAUGCUUCCUUUUUUUUCCUCCCCUACCGACGACCCCGCUGUUGACUCUCGGUGAUAAGCUCUUCUUUUCUUGGUGCUUUUCCUGCUCUACUAGGCGACGGCCACUCUGAGAACUUUUCACUCUGAUCGUAUCAACUCCCGAGUGUCCCCGAGAAAAUCUGAAUUACCAGAGGAGUGACCCACUGCACACAAUCCCGUACCUGGACGCGGACUUGGUUUUUCACGAGGAAACUUGACAGACUGGUCCUGUAGUUCCUGGGCGUCGGUCGGACACGAGCCGGCUGUUUUUGUUCGGCGGAGCUCGUGGCGUUGUUGAGAUUUAACGGGGGACAUUUCUCACUGUCAGCCGUCAGCUCGAAGCCAAAGGAGGGCCUAGCACUGUGAUGAGGUCCUUUUUGGAGCUCACAAAGUAAGCAUUGUUGGGGGGGAUUUUCUAGUGGGGACAGGGACAGAAUAGGGCAUAAAGACUGGCAUGGACCCGCAUGGUAGCUGUCCUCGCUGCUCCAGAAAGUAGACCGCCCAAACUGUCUUAAGACUGGCAUGCCCUCCUCUGUCUAUCAAUCAGAGCACCAGGAUGUAAACCUGGUGCCUCUUCUGGGGUGGACUAACUAUAACUAAGCACUUUUACCAAAUCCCCAAGCAUCUAAGAGAACAAGUGCAUCUUUUUUUUUUCUUCCUCUCUUCACAACAAUGGCCUUCUCUGUUCAUCCUGUCAGCAUCGCCUUUUUGUUUUGAGAAUCACCACCAGGUUAAUAUUUGACAGCUGCGAGUGAAAAGAGUUAAUCAUUAUAAUGGGGGGGGGGGGGGUGAUCACGCUGAUCACGCUGGUUGUGUCCAUUAGUUCUGUGUUGUUGUUUUUUUGUUGUUUUUUUAAACAUUAUUUUAACCUCAGUGCUUUUUGUGUGCGUGUGUCUGUGUCCCUUCCCUAUAGCUGAACACUGUGGCCUCUCCCCAGCCAGUAAUGAAGGGACAACAAUGAGCCCCGUUGCAUGGUGGGUAGGUUGUUUUUUCGUUGGAAAAAGCGACCCGCUUCCCGCGCAUGCAAGCAGAAUCGCGUCACCGGUUGGAUCGAGCUCACCGGAGUAACGGGAGACACAAACCGACGUAAAAAGCUUUUCGACGCCUGCGCGGUCCAUCAGAUCCUCUCACAUCAACGCACACACACACACACACACGCACACACGCACUCCAUUUCGCUUCCUGAUGUUUGAGAGUCAGAUGGGUUUGAUGUGCUUUAUAUAUUUCCUGAGAAGUGACCGUUGCCUCCUAACACCUGGUUUACGAUGUCACAGUGAGGAACUUGUAUCUAAAGGGGAAGUGGCUGGGGAUGAGGAACAUAUAUAUAUAUAUAUAUAUAUAUAUAUGGUUAUAAUACACACAAGGUACACACUAUCCAGACCUCACACUGUAGGUACACAGUCCUUAUUCGUCCACACAAUGUAGCGUCUCUUCGUGGCCAUCAGCUCGUCAUCCACAUCAUAAUAACUGUGAUAAUCAAUGUGAUCGUGCACGGGAGGAACUCUUUAACCAAACUCAGAGGGCAGAGGAGCUGACACUACAAAGACUGUUUUUUUCAAAUUAUGUAAUGGGGGGGGGAGGUGGUUUUUAUUUGAUUUUUGAAAGUUGUGUUGAUGUUUUUUUCGCGUGUGUUUUUUUUAAAUUGUUUUAUUGGACAAUGUGUCCCUAACGCUGGCACUGGAUCAGGUGUGGUUCACUGCGGCGCCCUCUUCUCCUUCCCUGUUCCCUUUUUGUUCAGUUAAUAUCUGCAUUAUUACAACGAUUAUUCACCAAACCUGCCAUGCAGGCUGGUAUGUCUUUUUUUUUUUUUGAUUUUAGCUGCAGAACAAAACAAUAGGGCGCAGCAUGUUUCUCCCCGUGUGUUCACUGUUAAUGGUACUUUGUGUUUUAUGGGUACAACGGCCUGGUCGUUUUGAUUUAAACUGUCGUGUACGCGCUACGUCGUCAGGCCAGUAUGCGAUAACUUUAUGGUACACUGUCUUCAGCUCGCUGGUGUCUGCACCUUCGGCCAUCAGCCUGGUCCCGUUUCUGCUUUUGCACAUUGUUAAGGAUCAGGAGAGGUAUUUGGGGACUAAUCUGAUGACAAACAAUGAUAAGAAUGAUAUUGUACAUGAAUCUAGCGGUCUGUAUUUUAAUACUUGAAUGAUUUUUGCUUUUAUAGAUAUCUAUAUAUAUAUAUAUGUAUGUACGUAUGUAAUUUUUGACGUUUGUCAAAAGAGAGAAAAGGACUAUGUCUUAUAAAGUUAAACAUAUCGUGAAUAAAAUACCCUGUGAUUUAAAAAAAAAAAAAAAAAAAA